AUGCUAAAAUUCAUAAUCCUCCUUCUCUUUGCAGCUGGCAGGUCUCAUACCUACACGCGAUUUAACACGACCUGUACAGUCCCAGACACGCCGGUCAAUUUCGUCUCGUCUCCGGACUCGCGGGGUACUCUCAACAUCCUAUGGAGCUGCCUUUUCACCAUCUUUGCUUGCACUUGGUCUAUUCAACACCUCAAUAUCCCAGAGCAGCGAGAUCAGGUCCAAGAGCCGUUGCAAAAUCGUCUCGACAAGAUCGACUUUCUUGAGCAGAAGCCCAAUUUUUGCCGCCGUUUGUGGUACGACAUAAGGUCAGGGGCAAAAGGCUGCUGGAGCAGUGUCACGGGGAGCAUUCCAGGGUUCUCUACCAACCUCAAGUGGAUGGUUUUCACGAUUCUCGGGCCAGAAUUCAUCAUGGGCAAGGCCAUAGGCGACUUUGUGGUGGCAAGGGCGGUAAAAAGGGAUAUGCACGGAUUUGCGGUAAUUGACAAUGUCGAGUGGGGAUUGACUCAUGGAUUUUUCGCAAUGAUGGGCGGAUUUACCAUGGUUGUACGCGAGGGACAACAGCAGCCAGAGACUCGACAAGAAGACGGCCAUGACAAUAGACAGCCCCAGAUAAGCGAAGAGGGUCGAAUAGCUGCAGCUCCCGUCAUCGAGCAUGCCAAUGCGAAAAAAAAAACUCCGCCCGUCAAGGUCCUCAUUCCAGAAUUGGGCCCUCAGGGCUUGACGAAAUCCUACAUCUUGGGUAGCAAAGAUAUAUUCGAAAUGCGACGGGAGAGAGUCAUGAAGAGACUACCAAUGAUCACAACAGCCGAAAUUCACGACAAGAGCAAGGCUAACUCAUUCGUAAAACUUGUUGCCAUCGUUCAAAUUCUCUGGACAGCGAUUCAGGUCAUCGUUAGGGCUGCAAAAGGUCUUGCGAUAGCCCAGCUCGAGUUAGUUGUCACCGCCUUCUCAGUGUGCGCUGUCGUCACAUACAUAUUCCUUGUCCCGAAACCUCAGGGUGCUCAAGUCCCCUUGCCACUAAUAGAGGCCGACUCAGAGCGACACGUAAACUGGAUCGGAAACACAACUGAAUCUGCUCCACUUCGAAUACUCUUCAUUCCUGGCACCGACCCCUACCUCCAAAUCAGGAAUCCCCCAAAUGCCAGGAUUCCCAACGACUCUAUCAUCAAAGGAAACUUUCCGGUAUAUGCACUCGGCAUGAGCAUUGGUGGAGUCGUGUUCGGCGCAGUUCAUGUCGCUGGAUGGAACUUGCAUUUCCCAACUCCGCUCGAGGAGCGGCUCUGGCAUAUUUCGAGCAUCCUCUCAACAUGCCUCAUGCCAAUAGCUUUCCUCCCGUAUCUCAUCUUCAUUGUCAACGACAAGCUAUUAUCCUUUGGAGAAAACCCAACGCUAAGAAUGCAGUGGUGGGGCUUUGUGUCUGUGCUGAUUUACAUUCUUGCCCGGCUUGCUCUACUAGUCGAAACUUUUAGAGCUCUGGCUAGUCUCCCCCCGGAUGCGUUUGUCUCAACUUGGGUCUCGAAUAUACCAAAUCUAAACUAA